UAGCAAGUGCCCGGACGAUACAGUGCAACAUCACGCGGCGGUGACGUGAUACCUCGGCCGGUCUCGCAACGUGUGCUACAGCUGGGAGAUAUCUUAGAACCAGCCUAGGCGAACGACUGAUCGCGACUGAUUGCUCCUGUAUACUCGCGAGCUGUACAUGGCAGCUGGCUAAAGUUCUGGUUGUGGGUACGAUCACGUGUUGUGUACGCGACACGCCCCCAGAUUCCAGAAUGCACUCUGGCACGCGACCGUGGUGCCAACACAUUGCUAAGUAUAACUAAACCUUGUCUACUUGCCGGUGGACGCUGCAAGCUCUCUUCCAGGCUCCCGCCAUCUUGCGUACGCUCGACCCCAAGCACCAGGAUGAACAAGCGACAGGGAGGGGAGAGCCUUAUGGGCUUAGGCGGAGGUCUGGUCUCUGCGGAGUCGCAGAAGAACUUGACGAUUGCGGAAGAUCUCUGUCGGAAGAAGAAACCAGAGCAGGCCCUCCCAUACUUGCUGAAGGCGAUGGAAGAUCCCAACAACCUCGAUGCCGACGUGCAACUCAGCUUCCUUCAGCCCAACUACGACAUGUCCAUGGAAGUGUUGGAAGCGGCAGAGAAGAAAGGCCGUGCAAAGCUGAAGCGUGUCCUUGGCCCGCGUGCCUUCGAUGACAAUGGCGAUCGAGUGGGCACUUUCUGGACACUCAUCGAGACUAGGCCGUAUAUGCGAGUACUCCAAGCGAUGGUCAGGAUCGCCUUCGAGAAAGGUGACUAUAAUAAGUCUGCAAACACCAUGAUCGAGAUGUUGCGUCUCAGCCCUGGAGACAACAUGGGCCAAAGGCAAUGGCUCGGAUCCGUCCUGCUGCAAGCAGGUCGUCACAAAGAGGCGCUUUCUUUUGCGCAGGAAUGGUUGCAACUCAAGGUCAGGCGGACAGAUGAUCCCCCUCUUCGCGGGGGUUGCACGUUCAACGCGCCCUCGUCGGACCCAAUCCCGCAGGCUGAUUACCAGAGGCUGUUGGACCACUGUGAUGGCGAACUCCUGUACACAGCUGCCCUUGCUGCGUUCAAAGUGUGGGGUGCGGAUUCCCAGCUCGCGCGCCAGUACCUACGACUAGGUGCGAAGAACAACCCUGCUAUCCUGAUGAGGAUUCUGGGGAGGGUCUCGCGCCCAUCUGGCCUGAACAACCUGCCUCGCAGCCCCAAUGGCCCCGAAUACGCACACGACUACUGCUGGCUAACGCAGAACCUUUGGGAGGAACCGGACGUCUGGGCAUGGGCGGAUGGCGACCAAGCGAAGUCAUAUAUCCUCAGAACCUGCUCGCGUGGAGCGUGUUCACGGCGUGAAGAGCAAGUGUGCGAGUUCAAGCGAUGCCACGCUUGCAAGCUUGCGUGGUACUGCUCGACAGAAUGCCAGAAAGGCGAUUGGAGGGCUCACAAACCAGAUUGCAAGCAGCAUCAAGAAGUGAAGGCAAUGACGCGUGCUAUGAUGUACUAAGUACGACACACAACAAGACCCGGAGAGGGUACGCGAUUCAAAGGUGCCUUGAUACUCCAUCGCGGCACCUGUUCACUGCGUGCCGUCUUGAA